AUGGCGUCGAAGAGCUCGCUUGUACGGGCUGGCACCCACCAACUCUCGAAUGGUCCUCGUCUCUCCUACCUCCUUCACCACCCAUCUUCAUCAGUCGAAGGCACACGACCGCCCAUCACUCGAGCAGCUCUGAUUGCGCAUCCCUUCGGUCGACUAGGAGGCAGAAAGGAGGACCACGUGGUGACGGCGGUAGCAGAGUUGUUGGCGGACGAGGGGUAUGCCGUCGUUCGGUAUGAUGCGAGAGGAGCUGGCGAGAGUGAGGGAAGUGCGAGCUGGACCGGAGCGACUGAGGCGGAAGACUACCGGAAACUCGUCCAGGACCUCGUUCUCCCGCUCCUCUUCCCGCCAGAGACCGGCUCGAUACCGUCUGAUUCGCCCCCAGUCGAACGCCAAAUUCUCCUCUGCGGCUACUCCUUCGGCUCGCUCGCCGCCUCCGCCUGUCCACCUCCAGCGCCGCCGCCUUCCCAUCCUCACGCCGUACUCACCACUUCCUACCUCCUCAUCUCCUACCCUCUCUCGGUCCUCUGGGCUCUCACGCUCUUUCGCUCUGAGCCGUUCACGACAGCAUUGCGAAACACGGUGAAGCGAGGGAAUGAGCGAGUCAUGGCCAUCUUUGGCGACAAGGACCACUUCUCCGGCGUCGAGAAGCUGAGGAAGUGGGCGGGUGAGCUAGAGACCGUGGCGGAAGGGAAUGGAGCCAAGACGUGGGAAGCAGUAGAGAUCGAAGGUGCGGAUCACUUUUGGCUGGAUCGGGCGCCGAAGAUUGAGCUGCUGGAGACGGUGCGCGCGUGGGUUCAGCGCAAGUCUGCAACAAAGCCAUAG